AUGAAGGGGGCUCUGAGCGUCCCCGCGGGGGCCCGCGCCCCCGCGGUUACCCAGGCAUCGCGCCAUCAGGCUGCGGGCCUCCCUGCCCAGGGCGCGAGCGCGCGCGUUGGAGCCCCGCAGGGGGCUGGGUCCGGCCUCGCCUGCAAAUGUGUCGGGUCGAUGGCGCGGCGGGCCCGCCCCGCGCAGUGGAUGCGCCUCGCGGCGGUGAGGUCCGCGAGCGAGGUUGCGUUGAAGGCCGGGCACGUGAAGAAGGAGGACGAGGAGCGCUACGAGAAGGCCGUGCACGACCGGCAAGACGCUGCGCACCCCACGAGGGAGGGCGUCCCGAUCGACUCGAAGGCCGUGGACGCGAUGGCGAGCCGCCAGCACGCGAUGGAGGUGGAGCGCCAGGAGCGGGCUCGCAAGCGCGCGCAGCACCAGGCCACGUACCAGACGGCCGCGAUCAUGUCGUCGCUGGCCAUCACGGGCGUCGCGGUCGCGGCGACGAUCCUCCGCUUCGAGCACCACCUCGAGGACGGCGUGUUCCCGUGGCUCGACUUCGCGGGCACCAUGUCGCUCAUGGCGGGGACCGCUGUCGGGAUGGAGUACUGGUCGCGGUUCGCGCACAAGGUGCUCUGGCACGACUUCGAGCUGGGCUGGAGCGUGCACAAGUCGCACCACGAGCCCCGGAUUGGGGCGUUCGAGGCGAACGACGUGUUCGCGGUGAUGCACGCCGCGCCGGCGUUUGCGCUGACGCUCUGGGGGUUCUUCGACCCGUCGAUCCAGGGCGGGCUCUGCUACGGCGCCGGGCUGGGCAUCACGCUCUUCGGCAUGGCGUACAUGUUCGUGCACGACGGGCUCGUGCACCGGCGGUUCCCCGUCGGCCCCGUCGGCGACGUGCCCUACAUGAAGCGCGUGGCGCUCGCGCACCAGCUGCACCACAGCGAGAAGUACAGCGGCGUGCCGUACGGGCUCUUCCUGGGCCCGCAGGAGCUCGAGCGGGUCGGGGGCAAGGAGGACCUCGACCGGAUGGUGCUCGAGGUGUCGCUCCCGGGGUCCAAGGGGUCGAAGGGGUCCCGCAGCUGA